AGUUUUUGUCCUUUAUUUAUUUAUUUACUUAUUAUUUUAUGGGAUAUUAACACAAACACUAUAUAUACCCUAUUAUAUAUGCUCCAAACUUAAGAACUCCAAAACAUCCAAUUAGGUGAGCAGAUAAAUCAUCCUUUAAUUUUCCUUGUGAUCUUAAUCGGCCAAAUGGGUAGCCUCGAUUUGGAAGAUUCACAAAAAUGCAACAUUAAUCGCCCGGUAGAAAAUCUUUUAGAUCCUAACGAGUUUAGGAGGCAAGGCCACAUGAUAGUCGACUUCAUAGCUGAGUAUUAUAAAAACAUUGAGAAAUACCCUGUUCUAAGUCAAGUUGAACCCGAUUAUCUUCGAAAACUGUUACCAAAAUCUGCCCCUGAUUAUCCUGAGCCCAUUGAAACCAUCAUCCAAGAUGUGCAGGAUCAUAUUGUUCCUGGUCUAACACAUUGGCAAAGUCCCAACUACUUUGCAUAUUUCCCUUCAAGUGGUAGCAUUGCAGGGUUUCUGGGCGAAAUGCUAGCCACCGGAUUCAACGUUGUCGGGUUCAACUGGGUGUCAUCGCCGGCUGCAAGUGAGUUGGAAAGCAUAGUCAUGGAUUGGCUUGGACAAAUGCUUUGCCUACCAGACUCUUUCCUUUUCUCUGGUAAAGGUGGUGGUGUUUUACAAGGAACCACUUGUGAGGCUAUUUUGUGCACUCUAGUGGCUGCAAGGGACCAAGUGCUGAGUAAAAUUGGGAAACAAAAUAUCGGAAAGCUAGUUGUGUACGGUUCCGACCAAACACACAGUGCAUUUCAAAAAGCUUCCCAAAUCGCCGGAAUCCACCCCAGCAAUUUUCGUGUCAUCGAGACCACAACAUCAACAUCAUUCGCUCUCUCUCCUGAUUUGCUUCGCUCAACAAUUUGUUCGGAUAUAGAAGACGGUCUGGUUCCAAUAUAUUUAUGUGCCACGGUGGGGACCACUUCAACAACAGCCGUUGAUCCAUUAGGACCUCUAUGUGAUGUGGCAAACGUUUAUGGAAUAUGGGUCCAUGUUGAUGCUGCAUAUGCUGGAAGUGCCUGCAUCUGCCCAGAGUUUCGGCAUUUCAUCGAUGGUGUUGAAGGUGCGAACUCGUUCAGCUUCAAUGCGCAUAAAUGGUUCUUCACCACCCUCGAUUGCUGUUGUCUUUGGGUGAAAGACCCAAACGCCUUAAUAAAAUCACUCUCGACAAACCCUGAGUUUCUGAGGAACAGAGCCACUGAUUCAAAGCAGGUGGUGGACUACAAAGACUGGCAAAUAGCACUAAGCAGGAGAUUCCGAGCCUUGAAACUAUGGCUUGUGCUGAGAAGCUACGGUGUGGAAAAAAUUAGGAGCUUGCUCAGAAGCCAUGUUAACAUGGCCAAGUUUUUUGAACAACUCAUUGGUAGAGAUGAGAGGUUUGAGAUUGUCGCUCCUAGAAACUUUGCCUUGGUCUGUUUUAGGGUUUCACCUUCAGCAAUUAGCAAAGGAAUUAUUAAGAGUGGUGGUAUUUCGGAGAAUUAUUAUUUGGGGGAAAAAGAUUCAAAGGAAGAUGAAGAAAAGUACUGCACAAAUGAGAUUAACAAGAAGUUGCUGGAGUCCAUCAAUGCAUCAGGGAGGUUAUACAUGACACAUACGGUGAUUGAUGGUAUGUAUGUGUUGCGUUGUGCAAUUGGUGCAACUUUGACAGAGAAAUCACACAUCAUCAUGGCUUCCAUGGUGGUGCAAGAGCAUGCAGAUUCCAUCUUAAACAUGUAGAGAUCUCAAUAUCUUUGAAAAACAAGGAUAUAUUUUAUGUGAUGCAGGUCCAUAAAGGAUUAUUGGUCCAAUUCACCUACUUUACAAGCGAAAAUAUUUGGACCAAAAUAUUUUAUUAUAUAUAUGUCACUGUUAUUUCUUUUUGAGUUUUGACUAGGUUUCAGACAAGUAGAUUUAAGGUUUUCAAGUUAUAGAUGGGUAUAACUAUAAUAUUGUUUAUGCAAUCAAAUA